CAAACCACUGCUGGAUCAUUUGCCUAGGAAACAUAUGAACAGGUCCCUAUCAGAGGGAUCUUGUUCAUAAUGUCACCAGGGGUCGGCUCCGACCCGAUGGUACAAACAAAAUGUAUUAGAAUAGUUAUUGUGAUAUAUAUUGUAGUAAAACUUACUGAUUACAGUAAAACAGUGUGCAGCUGCUGCUGGAUUCACCUAAGUGCAGCAAAGUGUUAAGACAACUUACAGUCACAGGUAGUGCUUUGAUCUGGGGCAUAUAGUCUUCUGUUGUAGUCAUCUGAGUUAUAUUUAUUAAACUUUUGCUGGAGAGAUAAUUCAUUUUUCUAUGUUUUCCAAAUUGCAGUGAAUUAGGUGACAUUCGAAUUGUUAUAGGUAUUUGAUAUUUGGCAGCUUAUAAGUAUUUGUUUAUUUUCCAAAUGGUAAUUGAUAUUUGAACUUUAAAUAGACAGUGUUAUUUAUUAUGCAAGUAUGUAUACAUAUUAUAAGUAAUGUUAUAUGAAUAUUAUAAUAUUAUAAUUUUUAAUGAAAGAACAUUACAUUUGAGCAGAGUUACAUGAACAUCAAGUCGGUUAACAAUUUGCAUCAUGUCAGAUCUGCUCAAAACUUGUUCUCACACAGUUUUUAUUCCUGUCAUGUUCACACACUUAGUGUAAAAUUUUGUUUUUGUUGUUGCUGUUAUUUCAUGGCUUAAUCUUUGCUGAUGGGCACAAUGUUGAGCUGAACAUAAAAAUUGCUAUAUAAAGAUUUUUAGUUGAUUAUUAAUUAAAACAUUAGUGUUUUAUAUUGUCAGUUGUUUUAUCAUGAUGACUCAUAAAGUGAGAGAAACGUUUGCAUUCUGAAACUGUAGAAACAUCAGAAUAUUUUUAUAAGAUUACAGCAGUUUAUAAAAAGUUGACCUAGCAGUACUUAAUUGCACAUGGAUCUAUCCAUGUUAGAGAAAAGUGUUGAAACAAUUUUUCAACCAUUUUAUGUACUGUAAUUAUAGAAUUUGAUGUACUAAGAUGGAAAUUCAGGGAUACUAAUGUGACUAUUAGUACUGGCUUCCAGAGAAUUGUGAGAUUUCAUAUUCUUAUGGCAACAGGAAUGAAGAUGGCUGUCUUCUAGGAUGUUGUGUUGUGUAAUGUGUGUUAGAUAUUGACUGACAUUUCUGAUGAGCUUACUGCCUCCAUUGUUAGGGCACCCUGAUGGAGGCGGUAAGCUCUUUGAAACAUCAGUAAAAAUUCUAGUUUAAGGCAUUCAAAAACGUAAUGAGCAAAACAAGAAUUUGGUAGUAAUUUUUUCAAAUCUGUUUUAAUUUUGUAUUAAUUCUGCCUUUUUUAUUAUCAACUGAACUUGAAUUUGUAAUAGGAUUUCUCAUUUACCUCUCCAUAUUGAUAAAAACUGUUGUUGUUUUUUUCAUUAUAAACAGUGAUGUUAUUCAGGACCAUUUCUGUACGCACUGCACAGCUAAAUAAACGCAAUAAGACAUCAUGCAGAAGUUAAAGCCCUUGGAUUCAGACACACACAUUACACAUGAAUAAAACCAGUGUGUUGCUAUUUUUCAUCUGAAACUCUUCAAUAUUGUUGUUUUCAAAUUUGACUUUGUUUGCUACCUUAUGUUGUUAGAACCAAAAAUGGAAAAAAAGAGAAAAUUUUCAUCGCUAUCCUUAUUAUUCUAUUUCAUAUUCUUCAGUAUUUUUCCUUCCUUAAUCAUCAUCAUUUCUUGCUGUUGGCAGUGUGAUUUUUAUACUUGUUAAACUUGUAUAUGAAAUAUAUUCUGCCUGUGAAAUGAGCAGUACUUAAAUGAUGCAAUGUGCAGUUUAGUGUGAAUCAACUUCUGUGUCGAAUAAUUAAAAGAAAUCUGUAUAUGUAUGUCAGCUUGAGUACUGAUUCUCCUCUCCAUCAUAGUACGCACAGUGUUAACACUUUUGAUUGUACUACAGACUGGGUGACUGGGGUUCAAUUCCUGACAGGGCACAACUUUUCUCUUCACCACCGUGUCUGGACCGACUCUGGGACCCUUGGGUACUCUUGGGUCCUUUACUCACGGGUAAAGCAACCAGGGCAUGAAACCAGCCAGUCACCUUCAUCUAGUGCUGAGAUUAAGAAUGUGUGGAGCUAUUCCUUCACCCCCCAUACAUCUUUGUGCCAUCUUGCUUUAAUUUGGCUCCAGGGAUGACUUUUUACCUUUGCAAUAUUCAGGAUUUACCCAAUUCAAAUUGAUCUGUGUUCUGGACAGGUAAGUUAAUAUUAUUAUGUGCAUUGCCCAUAAUUGAGAAAUGGCAGACAUGUUAAUAUUUCGUUUUUUCUUCAGGUAGUGACAGAAUUAAGAAAUCUCUGAAGGCAUUACCAAAAACCAGAAACUGUAACUAGCUGCUGAAAUUUGGUAAUUCAUAUGCAGAACCACUCCAGCAGUGCAACUAAUGCUGGACACAUUACUAGGAAGAUGGACCUCUGAUAGAUGUCUGUAGCUGCAAGCACGGCAAAUAAAGAGCGUGAGAUUUGAACAGAGGCCGUAGAACUCUGGAACUGACAACGACCAAGGUAUAUUUUAUCGACUCUUCAUUGAUUAUGUUUUAUUACAAGUGUUUAUUUGUUUGAAUAAUGCCAUCACAAGACACAAUGUUAUGGGCAUUUGCUUCUUCUAUUUCUGUAUAAAUGAGUUUUUGAAACUCUGUGCUUGACUUAACUGCAACAAAUACUGUGACAUCUGGAAUUCACAUAGAAGUGUCUGAGAUGUGCACAAAAGAGUUUGUGCACAGGCGAUUUCCAUUCACCAGAUGGCUCCCACAGUAUAAUUUCUCUACUUUAGUUCAAGACAUGCUUGCUGGGUUGACUGUUUCACUGACUUUAAUUCCACAGUCAAUUGCGUAUGCUGAAAUUGCUGGUCUACAACCACAGUAUGGGCUUUUCUCUUCAUUUAUGAGCUGCUUUGUUUAUAUAUUCCUGGGAAGCUGCAAGGAUAUUACCAUUGGUCCAACAGCCAUGAUGGGUAUCAUGACAAAUCCUUUUGUUGUUCAGAAUGAUAAUCCAGACUUUGCAGUUCUAUUGUGUUUCCUCACAGGGUGUGUUAUGGUCUUGGUGGGAUUAUUAAGACUUGGUUUUCUGGUGGAGUUCAUAUCACUUCCAGUCACUGCUGGUUUUAUAUCAGCUGCAGCCAUCACAAUUGCUUCAUCUCAGCUGAAGGGCCUGUUUGGAAUUAAAGGGAGUGGACAUAGUUUUGUGGAGUCGUGGGCGAAUCUAUUUAAUAAUAUACAGGAUACCAGGCUUGGAGACAUGACGCUGGGUGUCUGCACUAUACUUCUUCUGCUGAUUGGACGAAAAUUGAAAGACUUUGAUGGUGGGCGCAAAAAUUCUUCUGCAGUACACAGACUUAUAGGAAAGAUGCUGUGGAUGAUUUCAAUAUCACGGAAUUCUAUUGUUGUCAUCAUUGGUAUGAUUCUGGCCUACAUGUUUGAAAGCAAAGGAUUCAAGCCCUUCAAAAUAACAGGUGAGAUUGAAGAAGGAUUACCACCAUUUGGACUUCCUCCAUUCAGUACAGUCUCGCACAACCAAACCCUCAACUUCGACGAUAUGGCUAGCACGUUUGGAACUUCCCUAUUCAGCAUACCUUUCAUAUCAUUCUUGGAGACUGUUGCCACAGCCAAGUCUUUCUCUACGGGUAAAGCAGUGGAUGCCUCCCAAGAGUUGUAUGCAUUGGGUUUCUGUAACAUCAUGAGCUCAUUUGUGCGUUCUUUCCCACUUUCUGGAUCUUUCUCUCGUACGGCUGUGAACAAUGGAUCGGGCGUCAAAACUCCCCUCGGUGGUCUGAUCACUGGUGCUAUGGUCUUAAUGGCACUGGGUCUUCUCACCUCCACUUUUGCGUACAUUCCAAAGGCAACUCUUGCAGGUGUUAUCAUCAGCGCUGUCUUGUCCAUAGUGGAGUUAGAAAUGGUCCCUUUACUUUGGCAGACAAAGAGGAUUGACCUUAUUCCGAUGGCAGUCACAUUCAUAGCAUGCUUGGGAAUUGGACUUGACUAUGGUAUGCUUCUUGGUAUUGGUGUCAAUCUGGUGUUCAUACUGUACAGUGCAGCCCGUCCAGAGGUUCAGGUCCGCAAUUUGACCAUUGAAUCACGGAAGGUGUUGUUGGUGAUCCCAGAACAGGGUCUUGUAUUUCCUGCUGCAGAGUACAUCCGAGAUGCAGUGUUCAGAUCCUGCCUGAUGACAGAAAGCAAUGUAAUAGUUGUUGUUGAGGGAUCAAAUAUUCAUCAAAUAGAUUCUACGGUUGCAAAAAACAUGACAAUGCUUGUGAAUGACUUGAAGAUCAGGAACCAGAAGAUUGUCUUCUGGAACUGGAAGCAUAGUGCGGAGGUGGUGUGUCGGGGUAUAGAUGAAAAAAUGUCAAAAUAUUUCAGUUAUGAAGACAGUCUGGAGAGCUUGCUGCAAGAAGUGGCUACUGAAAGUUGGCUUGCUGCCAGAGACAAUAACACAAAUGGAACGCAGAAGACUUUCUUAAAUAACGAAUCUAAUGUGUGAUAAAUUACGGGUGUUUAUUGGAAAUGCCAUUGAACGUUAAGGGAAGAUUUCUACCACAUUGCUGAAGAUGCGUAGUGUUAUUAGUUAUUCACGUCACUUUUUUUUUACAUAAACAUUCAAGGGGGAUAAAUAUUUCUGCAUCUAACAAGUGUGACAAUUUGAAACUAUAUUAUGUGUUUUGUAACAUGUAAAUAUAGUACAGUCCUCAUUUAAAGUUCCUAAAUGUAAGGAUUUGUUAUUUUUUAAGUCCCAUUUCCAUGACCUCAUAAAGUAUCAGGUUCCCCCCACAAGUUGAUUGUGAGUUUUAAUUUGUUUUUAGACAAUACUCUCAAAAGAUAAAGAAAAAAUAGUGAGUAAUGUCUGAACUGGCAAAGGGGUUAAUUAAUUGCACGUUGAUGAUCAAUGUCGUCAUGAAUUUUUUUUAGGAUAGUUUAGCAGUAUUUAUGCCGUACAGGGGAAUGCUUUUCCCAAAUAACUCUUUAAAUAGUUAAAUAAAUAAAUAAAAAUAUACUUAUGAUGCACUGUGCAUUGCUACUUAUAUUGCCCAUGAAAUGCAGCCCACAAUGAAAACACAAACAGAAGAAAUGUAUACUGAAUUUCUCGCGAUGUAGUUGUUAUCACUCAUAUUGUGUAUAUGAUAGGUUCCGAGUGCGAAUUUCGGCCUGAGACUACGAGACCGACUGAAGUUUAUUCAUAACGUACAAGCAAAUGCCUUAAACGACCAUUUCCUUCAAACAUUUCCACUUAAUCAUUCAUAAUAAUUUAGACAGUAGACGCCAUCUUAUCAAUCCAGUUGAAAAGUGUCGUUAAAUACAACAAGC